AUGUCCCCUCCAGUGACUGGCACUCUGACUCCAGCUGAAAAUUUACUUUUAUCUUACUGGUUGUGUGUUUCUGCAGGCUGCACUGUGAUAAACCUUGGUAAGACAUUGCCUAUCACAGCAUACAUAGGAGGGUCAGUUCUGCUGCCAUGCUACUGCUCUGACCUACAGAACAAACCUGAGGGAUUCAGCUGGAGGAAACUCAAUACAAAAGGAGAUGCAUGGGAAGACAUAUCCAGUGAGAGUGGUCAGUACAGAAACAGAGUUCAGCUGGUUAAUGGUCACUCUCCAGGAAAUCUUUCUCUACUCAUAUCACACCUGACUGAAGAGGAUGGAGGAGAGUACCAGUGUUAUGUUGAAGGCCGUGGACACGUCUACAGUGCACUCACUGUUGAAGGCUGCACUGUGAUAAACCUUGGUAAGACAUUGCCUAUCACAGCAUACAUAGGAGGGUCAGUACUGCUGCCCUGCUACUGCACUGACCUACACAUCACACCUGAGGGAUUCACCUGGAGGAAACUCAACACAAAUGGAGACGCAUGGGAAGAUAUAUCCAGUGAGAGUGGUCAGUACAGAAACAGAGUUCAGCUGGUUAAUGGUCACUCUCCAGGAAAUCUUUCUCUACUCAUAUCACACCUGACUGAAGAGGAUGGAGGAGAGUACCAGUGUUAUGUUGAAAGGCGUGGACACGUCUACACUCGUCUAGUGACAAAGGUCUUACAGGGAAUGAAAGCCUCAUUGACCCUCCACCUUGACUCUGCCACUGUAUUCCGCAUGUCAAUCUCCUUGCUUCUGCUCCAGGCUCAGUAUAGCCCUCGUGAUGGCAAAGCAGAAACUGAGAAUAUAGACCUCCAGUACAGGUGCAAGCCAGAAUUUCUGUACUUGGUUCAAAUGUCUAAGCACUGGUUCAAAUGUCCCACUGGUAACGGAGCUGAGCUGGACGGUUGUAGCCUCCCAGUUGUCAAGCGUACCUCUCACAGUGUAUGGAAGAACAUCUGGUGGCAGCAAAGAGAUUGUCGAGCCUGUGUAGAUGAAUGCAGGGAGCCUUACUUCAUUAAUGGAACAUUCUAUUCAAAGACUGUAGCCACGGUUGCUCUCUCUGGCAGCAGCAGUGAUGCUGAGAGUUACUCCCUGAUGGAGCUGAGUGUUCUUGUUUCCUGCUGGCUCCUGAUGAUCCUAUCCCUCUCCUGCUCCCACUUCUUCUCAGUCUAUCUGGAAGCAGCUUCUUGA